AUGUAUGCUGAAACAUUGAUAUUAACGUCAUUUGUUAUGUCUCGAAUAAGUCUUCUCACUUUGGGUUUCCAAAUUAAACCUUUCACAUCACUUCAUUUUGUGUCUGAACCUUCUGAUGCUGUCACAAUGCGGGGAGGAAACAUCCUGCUCAACUGUUCUGCAGAGUCUGACCGCGGAGUUCCAGUCAUCAAGUGGAAGAAAGAUGGCCUUAUCCUAGCCUUGGGUAUGGAUGACAGAAAGCAGCAACUACCUAAUGGGUCUCUGCUGAUACAAAACAUACUUCAUUCCAGACAUCAUAAGCCAGAUGAAGGACUUUACCAAUGUGAAGCAUCCUUAGGAGAUUCUGGCUCAAUUAUUAGUCGGACAGCAAAAGUUACGGUAGCAGGACCAUUGAGGUUCCUUUCGCAGACAGAAUCUAUCACAGCCUUCAUGGGAGAUACAGUAUUACUUAAGUGUGAAGUCAUUGGAGAACCCAUGCCAACAAUACACUGGCAGAAAAAUCAACAAGACCUCAACCCAAUCCCAGGAGACUCGCGUGUGGUCAUCUUGCCCUCGGGAGCAUUGCAGAUCAGCCGACUUCAACCAGGAGACAGUGGAGUCUACCGAUGCUCCGCUCGGAAUCCAGCCAGCAUAAGAACAGGAAAUGAAGCAGAAGUUAGAAUUUUAUCAGACCCAGGCCUCCAUAGGCAGCUGUAUUUUCUGCAGAGACCGUCCAACGUAAUUGCUAUUGAAGGAAAAGAUGCUGUCCUGGAGUGCUGUGUUUCUGGCUAUCCUCCGCCAAGUUUCACCUGGUUACGAGGCGAGGAGGUCAUCCAACUCAGGUCUAAAAAGUAUUCAUUGUUGGGUGGAAGCAAUUUGCUCAUCUCUAAUGUGACAGAUGAUGACAGUGGAGCCUAUACUUGCGUUGUCACAUACAAGAAUGAGAAUAUUAGUGCCUCUGCAGAGCUCACGGUCUUGGUUCCACCCUGGUUUUUAAAUCACCCUUCCAACCUCUAUGCCUAUGAAAGCAUGGAUAUUGAGUUUGAAUGUGCAGUUUCGGGGAAGCCUGUGCCCACUGUGAAUUGGAUGAAGAAUGGAGAUGUGGUGAUUCCUAGUGAUUAUUUUCAGAUAGUGGGAGGAAGCAACUUACGGAUCCUUGGAGUGGUGAAGUCAGAUGAAGGCUUUUAUCAAUGUGUGGCUGAAAAUGAGGCUGGCAAUGCCCAAAGCAGCGCUCAGCUGAUUGUCCCCAAGCCUGCCAUCCCAAGCUCCAGCAUCCUCCCUUCUGCUCCCAGAGAUGUGGUCCCUGUCUUGGUUUCAAGUCGCUUUGUCCGUUUGAGCUGGCGUCCACCUGCAGAAGCAAAAGGGAACAUUCAAACCUUCACUGUUUUUUUCUCCAGAGAGGGUGACAACAGGGAGCGAGCUUUGAAUACAACCCAGCCUGGGUCCCUUCAGCUUACUGUGGGAAACUUGAAACCAGAAGCCAUGUACACCUUCAGAGUUGUUGCCUACAAUGAGUGGGGACCAGGGGAGAGUUCUCAACCCAUCAAGGUGGCCACUCAGCCUGAAUUGCAAGUUCCAGGGCCAGUAGAAAACCUGCACGCUGUAUCUACCUCACCUACCUCAAUUCUUAUUACAUGGGAACCCCCUGCCUAUGCAAAUGGUCCAGUCCAAGGUUACAGAUUGUUCUGCACUGAGGUGUCUACAGGAAAAGAACAGAAUAUAGAGGUUGAUGGACUAUCUUAUAAACUGGAAGGCCUGAAAAAAUUUACGGAAUAUACUCUUCGAUUCCUAGCUUAUAAUCGUUAUGGGCCAGGAGUAUCUACUGAAGAUAUAACAGUUGUUACACUUUCAGAUGUGCCAAGUGCUCCACCUCAGAACAUCUCACUGGAAGUGGUUAAUUCAAGG